UCAGAUUUACUUUGCAACCUGAAAAAAGGAAAGAACAAAGUCAAAAGAGAAACAGACUUAAUAGACCCCAGCAUUUUCUUCCCACUCGACCACAGCACGUUUAGUACCUGCCACGUGCUCUGUAGAAAGUCAGGUCUGGCGAGAUCUACAAGGAAAUACUGCCAGAGGUGCUACAAGAAGAAUGCACGGAGGCACGGCCGAAUAUACGCGAAGAACAAGACGAAACAAGUGUCCACAUACUGCAACCAGUGUCCGAACCAGCCACAUUUCUGCAAGGACUGCUUUUGUGAAGAACAUGACUUGUCUAGUUAGUGGUACUUUUCGGAUAUGGAAUAGGAGAUGAGAUUUUUGAGUUAAAGGCAAUAAUCCUUUUUUAAGUCCCAGAAAUCGUCGAAAGGCUCAGGCUGGGUUGCACUAUCUUACUUUAACAAACGUCAAAAGUCUAUCAAGCUUCAUACAAAAAACACCAGUUAUAGGCACGGUUAAAAUUAGGUGGUGCAACUCAGCCUUAUUGUAUCACUCGUGGCCUAGAAUCUUGUCCAAUGGUUAAAAGAAGUGAGUACAAGUAGUGUUGCCAGAUUAGGACCCUAUUAUCGCAGGAAAAAGUACUUUUUCAGCAUUGUGGGAUUUUGGUCGGGAGAAACCAUAAAAGUAAAUAACAUUACAAUCAACAACACUAAACAUUUUUUCCAAAUGAGACUGUACCUUUAAAAGAUAGAAAAUAAUCCCCAAAACUGUGUAGAAAUUAUUUUGACGGGAGAAGAGGGGGUCCUUUGCUGCUAAAAGACAACGCACUAGCAGGGGAUUCAGAAACUUCAGAUAAAUUACAACAAUUAGUUUACAGUCUACACACAUCAUCUCGAUCUAUAAGUUAUCGAAUGGUUCUGA